CCAUAAAUCUCGAGCUCUUGCAGCUUCUUCGGGGACUCAGGGAGUAUCAAAACCCUAGAAACGAUUCUAGGGUUCUAUGCCUUCUCCUGCUUCUCCGCCUUCGAAAAUGGUGAAGAAUGAAGGGAUUCGCUUCGUCUCCUCAUCUAUAAAGAUCCCCAGGCCUCCCAUCUCGAGUCCCAAUCCCAUCCUUUCCACCCUCCCCUUCGCCCGCCAAUCCUUCGCCAUCCAUCUCGAUCGAGCCAGAGAGGCAGCACAGCGGCUACUGUGCUCCAUCUCGGGCUUCCGUGGUCGUGGGGUUCUUUGCUCGGCGUCUCUUGCUGCGACGAGGCCAGAGCAUGAAUCCGGGGUCUCUAGGCGGCAGCAUGGCGGGCGGGAGGAUGAAGAGAGGGUUUUGAUCAGCGAGGUAUUGAUCCGGAACAAGGAUGGGGAAACGCUCGAGCGCGCUGACCUCGAGGCGGCUGCCACCGGCGCGCUGAAGUCUUGCAGGCCAAACGCCGCGCUUACGGGGCGGGAAGUUCAAGAGGACGUGCACCGUAUCAUUGAGAGUGGUUUCUUCUGCUCAUGCAUGCCCGUGGCUGUCGACACCCGCGAUGGUAUCCAGCUCGUCUUUCAGGUAGAACCCAACCAGGAUUUUCAAGGUUUGAUAUGUGAGGGAGCUAACGUUCUCCCAACAAAGUUUGUGGAGGAUGCCUUUCGUGAUGGAUAUGGAAAAAUUGUCAAUAUACGACGAUUGGAUGAGGUGAUUAACUCCAUCAAUGGGUGGUAUAUCGAACGUGGAUUAUUUGGCUUGGUUUCUAGCAUUGAGAUGCUCUCUGGUGGAAUUCUUAAGCUACAGGUUUCAGAAGCUGAGGUUAAUAAUAUCACCAUCCGUUUUCUUGAUAGAAGGACUGGCGAGCCAACUACUGGGAAGACCAGACCGGAGACUAUUCUUAGACAGCUUUCUACAAAAAAGGGGCAGGUUUACAGCAUGCUACAAGGAAAAAGAGAUGUGGAAACUAUACUAACUAUGGGUAUCAUGGAAGAUGUUACAAUUAUUCCACAGCCUGCGGGAGACACUGGCAAGGUUGAUUUGGUAAUGAAUCUUGUUGAACGUCCUAGUGGUGGUUUCUCUGCUGGAGGAGGAAUUUCCAGUGGGAUUACAAAUGGCCCUUUGUCUGGACUGAUUGGAAGCUUUGCUUAUUCUCACAGAAAUGUCUUUGGAAAGAAUCAGAAGCUUAAUCUUUCAUUAGAAAGGGGCCAAAUUGAUUCCAUUUUCCGCAUAAACUACACAGACCCAUGGAUUGAAGGAGAUAAUAAGCGAACAUCAAGAACUAUCAUGAUUCAGAACUCCAGGACUCCUGGCACACUUGUACAUGGAGGCCAUCAAUCUGGUCAUGGUGGUGUUACAAUAGCAAGAGUUACAGCUGGAAUUGAAUAUAGUCGACCUUUUAGGCCAAAGUGGACUGGAACAACUGGGAUUAUUUAUCAGCAUGCUGGUGCUCGUGAUGAUAAAGGUGAUCCCAUCAUAAGAGAUGUCUACAACAGCCCAUUAACUGCAAGCGGCAACAGUUCAGAUGACAUGCUAUUAGCAAAACUGGAAACUGUCUAUAAUGGUUCCAGUGACCAUGGCUCCUCAAUUUUUGUGUUUAAUAUGGAGCAAGGACUUCCCAUUCUCCCUGAGUGGCUAUAUUUCAACCGUGUGAGUGCUCGUGCAAGGCAAGGUGUGGAAAUUGGUCCAGCUCAGUUUCUCUUGAGCUUAUCCGGGGGCCAUGUAGUGGGAAAUUUCUCUCCUCAUGAGGCAUUUGCUAUCGGAGGCACCAAUAGUGUUAGAGGGUAUGAAGAAGGUGCAGUUGGUUCUGGUCGUUCAUAUGCUGUUGGCAGUGGUGAAGUUUCAUUCCCUUUGUAUGGACCUCUAGAGGGUGUUCUAUUUGCCGAUUAUGGAAGUGAUCUUGGUUCAGGUGGCACAGUACCUGGUGAUCCUGCCGGAGCCAGGGGAAAACCAGGGAGUGGUUAUGGAUAUGGGUUGGGAAUUCGAGUAGGUUCUCCACUGGGGCCUCUUCGGCUUGAAUAUGCACUCAAUGACAGGCAUGCAAGGAGGUUUCAUUUUGGAGUUGGCUAUCGGAACUGAUUUUCCAUCUCUCUUCUACUAACUUCAUCCUUCAUAGCAGCAGCUCAAGCUGAGAGAGCAUGAGCAACAAACAUGGGUCUGGAAUGAUAAUGAUGGAUGCUCUCUAUCUAAUCUUAUCUAUCUAUCUUUACGCUCUCCACCUAAGUCUACUAUUCUGAUGAACUGGGAUAGAAGAUGAUGAUGAUGGCUUUCCACACUGUGGAUGUACUUUUUUUAUUUAUAUACCUAGAACCCUUGCUGGUGUGUCAGUUGAGUUUGGGGACAAAAAGGCCCUCAAUGCCCCUACAAACUGAAUGCUUCUCUAGGUAGUCAGUCCUCUGCAACACAAGUAUU